UGCGGAGUGAGAUGACCUGCAGAGGGAAGACGAGCGGACCUGUUGACCGCCUUUCCGCCGACUUAUGUGCGUUUUCAUGCGUGUAAAUUCACUCUUUCUGGGUUAAUGCGACGCGAGGGCGCUCUGCGGUGAGUGCUAACUGAAGUGACAUGGCUGUAGACCCCGUGCUCGCGCUGUUCCCGUCGGUUUUGCUGUGGAAGUCAGUACCACGGCGAAGGGGAACGCCACCAAAUUUUCUAAAAUUUCCUAACGGUCAGUGAAUGGGAUGUAAAUACAUGGCCACUCAGAGUGGCUUGGCUUACAAGAGAAGCACAGCCGUUUUAUUUACUAUCUAAACUCAUAACCUUUAAUCUACAUGAGCUCUCUGAGUUGUUGAUGGCAAAUUAGUCAUGAAUCUGAUGCACCAAGUUUUCUUUGGGGACUGUUUUGCCUCACACGUGUCCUUCCACCACGAAUGGAUUAAAAUCAAACGUUUCAGACCAAAAACGUUAUCGCAAAACUGCCUUAAAACAACGUCCGUUUCAUGUAGUAAUUUUCUGUGAGGGAGCUUUUAGAGGUGGAUGUCUGGUUCCUAUCACCACCACUGUGAAUAGUUCUGAAAAAACCCCAGAGCAUCUCACACGAAACCAAGCCACCCUCAGUGACUUCCUUGAUCUGUUAGCUGUUUAAUUACACAAACAUUUUUGAAAAAGUGGUGGAGUUUCCCCUCAACUGUUAUGCGCUGCACAUGCGUAAAUAUUAAUAUUCAAGAUGCACGCGAGAGAACGCUACAUUUCGGCCCCAGGCAAGUCCAUCCUGCAUGGUGAGCAUGCAGUGGUUCAUGGGAAGGUGGCUCUGGCCGUAAGCCUGAACCUGCGCACGUAUCUGCGCCUGCAGGCCACAUCCGCUGGUAAAGUGUGCGUCAAUCUCCCUAAUAUUGACACCUUCCUGUCCUGGGACAUUACAGCUCUGAAGUCCCUACUGUCUGGCUGGAAAGCUGACUGCAGCUCCAGUGAGCUGGAUUCAAACCUGGUGAAGAGGCUGCGAGAGUUUAUGGCCAUUACUGACGGCUCCACCGACACCAGAAGCAUGGCAGUUCUGGCCUUCCUCUACAUCUACCUGAGCGUGUUUGCAGACGCAGAGGUUUUGCCCAGUCUGAGUGUGUGUGUGUGGUCAGAGCUGCCCACAGGUGCAGGUUUGGGCUCCAGUGCUGCUUUCAGUGUGUGUCUGUCUGCUGCUCUGCUUUCAGCCAGAGGAACCAUUUCCACCCCCCUCAUACAGCAGCAGAACACAGCCAGGUGGAGCGAUGCGGAGCUGGAGCUGAUCAAUAAGUGGGCGUUUCAGGGUGAGAAGAUCAUCCACGGAAACCCGUCUGGAGUGGACAAUGCAGUGAGCACAUGGGGGGGUGUUUUGAGGUACCAUGCUGGGAUGAUAACUCCACUGAGCAGGGUGCCCACGCUCAGGAUCCUCCUCACCAACACUAAAGUGCCGCGCAGCACCAAGGUUCUGGUUUCUGGAGUGAAGGACAAAAUUAACAAGUAUCCCUCUGUAAUGACCCCGGUGCUGGACUCCGUGGACGCCGUAUCUCAGGCCUGUGAGCAGACUCUGGCUGAUAUGGCCACCGAGGGAGCCUCGACCAAACAUUACAACAUCCUGGAGGACCUGAUCGACAUCAACCAGCACCACCUGAACGUGAUGGGCGUGGGUCACUCGUCUCUGGACACCCUGUGUCGGGUCACACUCGCCCACGGGCUGCACAGCAAGCUGACCGGAGCGGGCGGAGGGGGCUGCGGCAUCACCCUUCUCCGACCAGAAACAGAGCCGUCGGUGGUGCAGGCAGCAGUGCAGGAGCUGAAAGAAGCAGGAUUUGAGUGCUGGGAGACCAGCCUAGGCGGACCAGGGGUCCUACUGCACUCUUCUAACUCAAUCACACAGGACACACUUAGCAUCCUCACCAGCUACUGAGCAGCUGCACCUCUAACACAGACAUUAAAGGUACAAUAAGGAAAAAGGUCCAUUGCAACUAGACGGAGUAUUGGAGAGAUUUCGGGUAUUUAUGGAACAUGUGAUGGUUAGCGCCAUCACUUGAAGGGUCAAGGGCGUCCCGCUGAUGAAAAAAUGGACAUAAUGUGACGUAUAGGUGUAACACGUAAACGCAGAGUAUACCUUUAAUCCAGUCCCUCAGGAUGCGUUUCAGAGAAACAGCUGCUACACAUUUACAGGCAUGUUCUCUUUAGUGGAGCUGCUAAAGGUUUUGUCACGUAAGACCGAUGGAUCCCUGUUAUCCAGAGUCUUUAGUUAAUGCGGAGUGCAAACUGCCGACUCAUUAAAGGGGAAUCGCACUGAUUUUCCCAAAUUCAGUGGCUAAGAUGAGAGUUAUUCAGAGUGGUUUGGUGUUAAAUGGUUGAUUGUAGAGACUCAGGGUUGUGUACAGUGGUGGUGAUGGGAACCAGGGGUCACCAUGACUACAACAUUCCUGACUACAACAUUUUGUUUGACAAUCUGGUUCCUAUCACCGCUGUGAAAAUGCUGUCUGGCUAAGCAUCUUUAGAACAAAGCAUUUAAUGCCAAACCACUCGGAAUGACUCUGUUUACAGAUGUGGAAUAUCAAUAUGGAAACUUUGGGAAAUUGGUGGAAAUUCCCAUUUUAACAUAUUUGGUAUUCAAGUUCAGAUACAGUUACAGUUAAUCCUCUGAUCGUGCCUCAUCCGGACUGACCUGCUUUGACACGGUUUAGCCUCUAGAUGGCAACAGAGGCUCAAUAACGAUAUUAUUUCCCAUUAAAAUCUAUCAUUAAGAUUUGAAUUUGCUGAUCAAAUGCAUAAAUGCACAGAGCUGACUUUGGUUUCGAUGAACAGCAGUGGAACAAUAAUUUAACUAUUUGUUUUAAUCGAUAUUUAUGCUACAUUUUUGUUUCUCUUAUUGACCAAGUAUGUGUGUGGGAUAUGAAUGGACAACACAGACCACAAAUAGUAAAUACAAACAGAGUCAUAAAAUAUCAAUAUGUAUCAAUGCAUAUCAACCUGUUGACCAAAAAAAUGACACUUAAUUAUGGCGCUUACAUUAUAAUGUGAACAUGCCUCUGUGUCCUCAGUUAUCAGUGCUGCUAAUAAACUGCUGGUCAUUCAGUCA